AUGGAUGGCAGUUCUUCGUCGUCUAUGCUCUCGUCCCGUGGAGGAGAUGUUCCCUCAACGGUGCAAGUGGCACUGAGGAUUCGACCACAGGGAAAUCGAGAAAAACUCGAAGGCAGUCGUGUAUGUACAUCUGUUAUUCCCGGCGAGCCUCAGGUUACCAUUGGUACUGAUCGAUCGUUUACAUAUGAUCAUGUGUUUGAUCAAGCUACUAAACAAAGCGAAAUUUAUGAUUCGUGUAUAGAAAAGUUGGUAAAUGGACUAUUUGAUGGAUACAACGCUACUGUACUCGCCUAUGGACAGACUGGUUCUGGUAAAACAUAUACUAUGGGAACGGCAUUCGAUGCCGGUGCCAUUUCGGAACAUGAGGUUGGAGUGAUCCCUCGUGCUCUUGCUCACGUUUUUCGACGGGUCAUUGAAUUAAAGCGAGAAGCGCAGGAGAACGGCAUGCUAGAGCCCACGUUUGACGUGUCUGUGCAGUUUAUAGAGCUGUAUAAUGAGGAGAUCAUUGACCUGUUAGCGAAUGAUCGUGCUUCUUCGGUUAACGUACGAAUUCAUGAAGAUGCCCAAGGAGAGAUUUAUUUGCACGGUGUCGCCAGUAAGGCAGUCCAAGAUCUGCAUUCGACUCUGGAAAUUUUGAAAAAUGGUGCGCUGAAUCGUACAGUUGCGGCAACGAACAUGAAUGAACAAUCAUCGAGAUCACAUGCUAUUUUUUCACUUCAUAUUAAACAACAAAGAGUUGCUGUAGCCGCUGAUGGGCCAUCUCCUAAUCAGGCGAUUGAAAUGGAGCUGUUAUCUGCGAAAUUCCACUUUGUGGACCUUGCCGGCUCGGAGCGAUUGAAGCGAACUGGAGCAACAGGAGACCGCGCUAAGGAAGGAAUAAGCAUUAACUGCGGAUUGCUCGCACUUGGUAACGUAAUUAGUGCACUUGGCGGAGCAAGUGGCAAAGUUAGUCAUGUCCCCUAUCGUGACUCUAAACUCACGAGAUUGCUGCAAGACUCUCUUGGUGGAAAUAGCCGCACCCUCAUGAUUGCUUGUGUGUCACCGAGUGAUAGCGAUUUUGUGGAAACUCUAAAUACGAUGAAGUACGCAAAUCGUGCAAAGAAUAUCAAAAAUAAGGUAGUAGCUAAUCAAGAUAAGUCCUCGAAACUUAUUGGAGAACUAAGAGGGCGCAUUGCUGCGCUCGAAGCUGAGUUACUGGAGUUUAAGCAGGGUAGGAGAACGAUUGAUGGUGAUGGUAUCGAAACAGUCAACGAUCAGUAUCACGAGAAUGUAAUGUUGACGGCCGAAAUAAAUCAACUUCGGUUCCGUGUGAAAGCGCUGCAAGAAACGAAUGAAAUCCUUCGAAAUCGGAAUGUGGACCUCAUGGCAAAAGCCACUGGACCCAAUGGGUUAAUUUCUUCUCAGACAAACGAUGAGAACGGGGCCUCUUCUGAUGAUGCAAAUGAUAGUUCUUCCAAUGACGCAGUAAUGGAUCCUGUGCAAGCAACUCUGAGAAAAUACCUUGAUGAGUUGGAAAGGACACGUUCGCAGCUCUAUGAAUCGCAAGCAGUGUCGAAUCAGCUGAGAAAGGAAAUGACAAAAUGGAAAAAUCAAGCCCUCCUUGGUGGUAGUGGAUUUCCAGCAAGCGCCGAUCAUUCAUUCUCGCCGUUUGGACAUCAACAACUGAUUGAUGAGGCGCGCGCUGACAUCGAAAGGCUAAGAAAGACAGUGUCUGUGGCAUCGAAUGAAGCUACUUCUGACUAUGCUUCUCACGUGGAUACAACAGAAGAGGAUGGUACUAGCAACGAUGCUGAUGAACUGGAUGAAGACGAGGACUACGACCAAGAUGUUGAUGAUGAACAGGUAUUCGAAGAUGACAAUAAAGGUGCAGUGCUCAGAGAUAACCUCGCCACUUUGCAAACAGAGAUCAACAUCAAGGAAAGGUUGAUUGCUGAGUUAGAGCAGUCAGAUCGCCGUCUUGCAGAAGUGCGUCUGACCUAUGAGAAGAAACUGACAGAAUUGUCAGCUCAAAUCAAGAAGAUGGAAGCGGAGCGAGACAAGGUUUUGAUGGAAGCCGAGGCCAAAAAGACUGACAAAGCCAGCCAGGAACAAGCCAAAAGAAUACGAGACGAAUACGAAAGGAAGCUGUCAGAUAUGAGAAAUGAGUUCAGAAAACUGCAGAUGGUGGAAAGAGAGCACAAAAGGAUGCAGGCACGCCAGGAGCGAGAACGACAGGAAUUGAUCAGAUAUCAGGGAGAGCUCAAAGAGUUGAAGAGAGUGAAGGUGGAUUUAAUGAAAAAGAUCAAGGACGAGAUGAAGAGGGCUCAGCAGCAGCAAAAUAGCAAUGCUAAGAGAUUGGCUGCCAUGGAUAAGGAAGCAAGGAGACGAGACAACCUUAUUCGCCAGCUGGAAAACAAAGACCGACAACGCGAGCAGUUUAUGAAACGUACAAACGAGGAGAUUAUUCGCUUGCGUAAAGCUCAGAAGGAGCAGGCAAGACAGACUAGAUCUGCUGCCAGCCAGCGAAUAACUCCGAUGAGAACUACAGUGUCUAGAAUGGCGCGUACUCCAGUCAACAGAGGCCAACCACCUCCUGAAGUGGCAUUCUCUCCAAAACAGGCAAAGAUGAAGUGGACAUUCAUUGAAAAGAGGUUGAGUCGAUUAGUCACCCAGAAACAGACUGUAGGAAAAAUGGAAGAAGAGUUAAAUCGGCAAUUGGAGGAACGAACUCGACUUAUGGAUGAGAUCAAUAAUCUCGAACGUCGCUUCAUACUAGCCCAAGAUGUGCAGGAACGAGAAGCUGUGGCUGAUCAAAUUGACGGUUGUCAAAUGAAGUUGAACUAUGUACAGGAUCAAAUAACCGAAAUCCAGACAGCCAUAGUAGAUGUGGAUGGCUCGAAGGACGGUGAUGCUGAAAAUAGUGACGAAACGUCGGAUUUGAGCAAUAUCGAGGGAUUAAUCGAGCAUUGUGCAAAUUUGGUCGAAGCGAAGUACCUGAUGCAACAUCUCUUCAACGCCUGCCUUGAACAUGCUGUAGCAGCCGCUAAAGCAGACUCGCUGAACAAGGAGUCUGAGGCACGUAUCCAGCAACUAGAGCAGCAGUCGUACAUCAACGAACAGCUGCUCUCAACUGUCAUCGAAGAUAAGACACUUAUUAACGAUGUCGAGGGAAUGCUUGAGCAGAACGCUCUUAAGAAAAGCAGAUCUCCUUCACUGGCUUCCCUGAGGAAUGGUAGUGUCUCUCCAAACCAUACUGAUGGAUCUGAUUCCGCACCGCUACCGUACCGUGCUCGUCGCCAUACUGCAACAGCUGAUGAGCUACUGUAUCCAACGGAAGUUGUCGAACCUGCUGCAACUGCACCAAAAGAGACAUUGAAAGCAGAAAGCGGUGGAGAUGAAGAAAAGAAGGAAAAAAAACACCGGAUCGAUGCUGCUGCGUUCCUGCUUCCAUCCUCCUCCUCAUCAUCGACGGAUCUGCCAACAACACCGUUCAGAAGAAACUCCAAAUUUCGGAACACCAUCGCUAAUCUACCUCCAAGAUCAUUUCGAGGAGGGGGUCAAGCGAUCUCCUCUAGACCGCCACCACCUCCUCCGACCAAGCGAGGUAGACUGGGUAGCCGAAUGCUUUCAACAUCGCGACUACCGUCGCUGGCUGAAGUGUCAGCAAGGGAUGAAGUACCGGCAAUACCACGUGAACGUGCGGGAGCCGAUCCAACACGUGCGUCGAAGUCAGUAUUUGCACGUCUCGUGCCGUGGUCAACGGAAGCCAGCCCGUCAACUCUUCUGAAUCGGAGGCAAGGACGAAUCGUGCCUGUGCGGCCAGGUACAGGUGGUACACAGUAUAGGGUCGUUUCAAGAACAGCAACCGUUGAAGGGCACUCAAAGGCGGUGCUAUCCGUGGCAGCUACGGAGGAUCUCCUCAUUUCUGGCUCGAAAGAUCGUACGGCGAAACUGUGGGACUUGCAAACCGGAAGUGAAGUGAGGACUCUUGGUGUUCACCCAAAUAAUGUCCAUGCUGUACGCUUUAUACCCAAUUCACAGCUGGCCAUAUCUGUAUCUAUGUAUCAGAUUCGAGUAUGGGACUUGAGGACACAAGAUUGUUUAAGGGUAUUGCAGUCGAGCGGGCAAGUAAACGACGGCGACGGGGGACCCGCUGGUUCGCGUCAAAAUACCGUACCCUUCCUUGAGACCGUAGUGAAUGCUGCCGAGGUCGAUCCAUCUGGCCGUCUGCUCUUCACUUCCUUUGGUGGUGAUGUUCGAAUUUGGAACUUGGAGAAGUGGGCAUCGUUCGGAAGAUUGAUAGGGGCCGUUAAUAGUCCGCGAUCAGAAGUGUCAUGCCUAGCCGUGUCUGAAGGAGCAGAUGGUCUGCCACAAAUAUUCACGGGCUCUCGAGAUCAUUAUGUAAAAAUGUUCCAAACAAGUGUUGGAGGUGAAGGCGUAUACGAGGCCAUGGUUGACUUCACACCUCCUCACUAUGAUAAUGUUACGUGCGUAGUUCCCUUCGGUGGCUAUGUGCUCUCUGCAAGCAAAGACAAGAACAUCAUGAAGUUUGCGCUUACCGACUACAAGAGAGAUCAUUUGGAACUGAAUGCACACAAUAGCUUCAUUCAAGGAAUGUGCUUAAUUGGAGAACACACAGAAAGACCUUUGCUUUGUUCUGUUUGUAAGGAAGGUACAAUGAAGUUCUGGGAUAUUACAACUACGCGACGAUUUAAGAUUGUGGAGGAGAUGCCGAAAGCACACAGCGAAGCCAUUAACUCGGUUUGCUCAAACAGAGGUAUGGUAUUUACAGCGUCCAGCGAUCAAACAAUUGGUUUUUGGAAGCUCAGCGUUCAGGAGUAG